UAUCUGCGUGAUCUAAUUUUUAGACCUAAUUACAUAUACGUAGGUUGGUCACACUGAAAGCUCUAAUAGGACAGAUGAUAAAAACAUUAAAAUUAUGGAUAAUAUUGUAGGAGAUAUGGACAAAUCAGAGAUACCGCCUCUCAACCAAAAGCGCAUCCUGGCCUUCGUGAAUCACUUUCUGGUCAGCACCUGCACUUUUCUGAAUGAAUUCGCUCUGGGAUGCGAAACAAAGUUUGUGCAAAUGGAGCGGCAGCUGCAGAAAACGGAGGCCUCCCUCGUAAUCCUGGAGGCGAAGUUGGCCUCCAUACCCACCGAACAAACUGCCCACGAAGAAUCUAAACCCGAGGAAGCUAAAGCCAGUGACCCAAUCUCCCAUCCCACCGAGGAGGAUCUUACAGAAACGGAAGCUCAAUCGCCGCCGGAACCUGCCGGCGUGCGAGCUUGCGAGGAUGUGCGGUACAGGAAGUUCUUUAAAAUGCUGCAUGUGGGGGUCCCGGCGCCAGCCGUUAAAAUUAAAAUGCAAUCCGAAGGCCUGGAGCCCAGGAUUCUCGACACUCCCGACCUUAUCCUUGCCGACGGUAUCCUUGAGUAACCGACUGCCACUUUGUGAUAUAGCACUUGUUGCUACCAUUCUUUUUUACCAUUUUUUUUCUUCAAAUAAACAUUUUGUACAGCUUACGUCUACAAUUUAAUUUGUUUUAUUUCCCGCCGUGUGUAGCGGCGCAUGUGAAAGAAAACAUCUUAAAAAACACUUCGUUUAGCAAAAAAGAUUUCCGGGUGGAACGAGGAGCUUAGAACUGGAUCAUCU